UACAAAAUAAUUGCCUUAAAAUUAGCCAAAUUCUUUAAAAUAAAUGCAAAUUAUAUCAAUUUCAAAAGCCCUAGCUCAUUGAAAACAUGUAAAAAUGGAAAAAUAAUUAAAAUUCAAGCAAAUUAUUGUAACUUUUCGAAUACAUCCUAAAGUGCAGCAAAGCUUCGUAGAAACGAAACCCCAUUUUUCAUUGAUCAGACUAAACUAAAAAUAAAAGAACAUUUGUGGCUCUCAUAUUUAUUGGUAAUAAAGAAAAAACAAUAUGGCACAGCGCAAUUCCUCACGCAUAGACCGUUUUGCUCAAAUGAGCAAACAAGAAGAAAUUAUUGCCAAAAAACGUCAAGAAAUCUUGGAAAAACAACGUACCGCCGAGCUGGCCAAGGCGGUGGCUGCGGCACAAACACUAGCAGCCAAACUUAAAGGUGUUAGCAAUGAGGAGACUUCUAGCACUGAUAAGUUGGUCAAUGAUGAGGAGGAGAUUAAAACCGAGGAAGAUGAAGAGAAAAAAUUGGAUACUACGGAUGCUGCUGCAACAGCUACUAAGUCUUCGUUGUCCAGUUUAACCGGCAAGACGGGUAAAAUGUAUGGUAGUGGCUUCAAACGGGCUACAGUUGCAGCACCUUCAGCUGAACAGCCACCCGCUAAAGUUCAAAAUACUUUUUGUAAUGAUGGCUCAUUUUUGGAAAACUUUAAAAAGAUUUUGGAGAAACAACAGCAACAACAACCAAAACCUGUGGUGGUAAUUCCUGAGGAAGCACCCGCCCCAUCCUCCACUGAAGAAGAGCCACCAAGUACUAGCAGUGCAACCACUACUACGGCCACUAUGGAACAAACAACUAGCUCUGCCCAACAAAUAGAUGGUAUGAUGGCUGCCCAGCAACAAGAACUUCAUCAUCAUCAUCAACAACAGCAGCAUCAACAGCAACAGCAACAGCACCAACAACUUCAACUACAACAACAGCAGCAUCAACACCAGCAACGACACCAGCUUCAGCAACACCAGCAUCAACAACACCAUCAUCAGCACCAUCAUCAAGGUGCAAUACCACCACCUCCACCCACACCACCAUCUCUACCAUUUCAAUUUAAUCCUGCCCUAAUGGCAGCACAAAACUUAAUGUUGCAACAAUCGAUGCAGGGUCCCAAUGCAACACAAGCUCCCACAAUGCCACCACAUACAGCAGCUGCAUUUUUCACAGCAGCACCCCAGUUUGUGCCACCUCCACCACCGCCAACAACUGUGGCAGCGGCUGCUGCAGCUGCUGCUGCCAUGCUAAUGCCCAUGCAAACUGUGCAAGUUGCACCACCUCCACCGCCUCCUCCACCACAAUUGCCCAUAGCCUUGGCAAAUCUGACGCCUUUAUAUAUGAUACCGGCUCCAGAGCCCAUGCAGUUAAAUGCCAUACCACAGCCAAAAGAAUUUGAUUUGAAUGCCAUACCAAAGCCGCAAUUAAAUUUAGAAGCUAUACAAAUACCAGUGCAUAAUAUACAGCAACAACAACAACAAGAACAGUUUACAAAUAAUACCCAACAACAUGAACAGCAGUAUCAGCAGGAAGAACAGCAACAAGAUUUGCAACAACCUUUAGCUCAACAAAAUUUUGAACAAAAUCCAGAGAAUGCACAACAACAGGAACUAGCUCAGCAUCAAUCGGAAUCACCACAACCAGAUGAUAAUUUUCUAGAGCAAGAUCUUCAGCCACAACAUCAACAAUCAGAUGAAGUAGUUUUUUCAGACAACAAUCCUGUCGACAAUACUAAUUGCAUACAGAUACCAACAUCUAUAGAAAAUCUUAUCGAUUUGGUUGCCGACAAUGGUGAUGCAUAUGAAGAAACACUACGCGGCUAUAAAAAUCAAUUACAUCCAGCAUUGUGGUUUCUCUCUGAUAAAACCUCUGAACAAUAUCAUCACUAUAGACAACAAAUAAUCGAUCGGCGUCAGGAGAAACUUAAGGAGCAGCAACAAAAGGAAAAAGAAGAACUAGAAAUGGAAAAGAAAACCAAUCCCUCGGCCUACAAGCAACGUCGUUUAUAUUGUUCGAUAGAGGAGGAUAAAUACGAUCCGGAAUCGGUUAUUAGUGCGGACAAUGAUUCGGACGAUGAGUAUCGCAGAGGUAUGAUGGAUCGUAAUCGAGAUAAUAUAAAACGGCGCAUUGAGUGUCGCAACGAGUUGAGCGAGGAGGAAAGGCAGGAGAGAGAAGCCGAGGAGCAGGAGGAAUUGAGACGCAUGGAAAAGAAAAAGUUGCGUAAAUCGCGUUGGGGUGGUAAAAUUGAAAUGCCUGAAAGUUCUUCGUCGUCAAUUUUAUUUGGCCAAGGUGUCCCUUCCAGUUUUGCAAAUCAAAAUAAACCCUUGCUAUCGACAGUAACACGCAGUGAUCCUGCUUUAUUAAGUUACGCCAAAUUGAAUUAUGGUUCCACCAAUCUCACCGAAGAAGAUUGGAAAAAAUGCGAAGAACAUUUUAAAGUGAACCUUUUGUAUCAGGACAUGAUGCGUAAACGGCAAGAAAUCGAUCGUUUGGCCAAAAGUGGCAAAUUCAAGUAUGAAUACGAUUCGGAUGAAGAUGUUGAUGGCGGCACCUGGGAGCAUAAAUUGCGUCUAGCUGAAAUGGAGGCCACGCGCAUUUGGGCUUCGGCCCUGACCAAACAAAGUGAGGGCAAACAUCAUAUAGGUGAUUUUUUGCCACCGGAGGAAUUGAAAAAGUUCAUGGAGCAAUAUGAGGCGAAGAAAAGUAAUCGUAUGCCUGACCUGAGUGAUUACAAAGAGUACAAACUGAAGGAGGACAAUAUUGGUUUUCAAAUGCUGCAAAAGCUGGGUUGGAAAGAGGGUCAGGGAUUGGGUCAAGAUGGUGCUGGCAUAGUGGAUCCGGUUAAUAAGGGUCCCCAGCGUGAGGGCAACCAGGGUUUGGGUGUACAAAACUCUGCCACCCCAGAAGAGUGUGACAAUGAAUACGAUGCUUAUCGUAAACGCAUGAUGUUAGCCUAUCGUUUUAGACCUAAUCCUCUGAAUAAUCCCCGCAGAGCCUACUAUUAGAAUUUUUCAUUACUAAAAACUACUCUAUAUUAAUCAUUGUGUAUGUUAUUUCAAAUUAAAAACAGAAUUUUUUUUUAUUUAAUUGAAAGUUAAAAACAAAUUAUUUUUAAAGUAAUGUGUGCGUUACUUUUCUAAAACAAAACAAAAAAUCACAAGACCAUUUGAAAAUGAAUUAAAAUAAUAAACAGUUUAUUGUUUAACUCUAAAAGAAAACAACAAAUAAUACAAAUA